AUGGCCCGACUCGGGCGCAUCGGAUUCCUCGGGAUCGCGGUGGUGUUCCACGUCGUCUACAUCUACUCCAUCUUUGACAUUUACUUCGUCUCGCCCAUUGUGCGUGGAAUGCGAGCUUAUGGCGUCGAUGCGCCGAAUGCUCCCGCCAAGCGGUUGGUGCUCUAUGUUGGCGACGGCCUGCGCGCUGACAAGGCCUUUCAAUUCUUCCCAGAUCCUUCAGCUUCUGUCAACGACACUUCCUCGCAACAUGCCGUCGUCCCAUUGGCACCUUUCCUGCGCUCCCGAGUCCUCGAACAUGGCACCUUUGGUGUCUCGCACACCCGCGUUCCCACCGAGUCGAGACCAGGCCAUGUUGCACUCAUUGCUGGCUUGUACGAAGAUGUGGCAGCUGUGACGACGGGAUGGAAGCUGAACCCAGUCAACUUCGAUAGUGUCUUCAACAGGAGUAGGCAUACUUGGAGCUGGGGCAGUCCAGACAUCUUGCCCAUGUUCUCGACUGGAGCUGUGCCAGGGAGGGUGGAAGAUGCGACAUAUGGCCAUGAAUUUGAAGACUUCAGUAAGGAUGCCACGGAGCUGGAUUACUGGGUUUUUGAUCGCGUCAAGCAGCUGUUCAAGGAUGCAGAGACGGACCAAGAGCUGAAUGCCAAGCUGCGGCAGGACAAGUUGGUCUUCUUCCUACACUUACUAGGUCUGGACACGACAGGCCAUGCAUACAGACCCUAUUCGAAGGAGUAUCUUCGAAACAUCCAGAUCGUUGACCGGGGUGUGCAGGAGAUCACGGAAAUCAUCAACAACUUCUACGAUGAUGACCAGACAGCCUUUAUCUUUACGGCAGAUCAUGGCAUGAGUGAUUGGGGUAGUCAUGGAGAUGGUCAUCCCGACAAUACGAGGACACCACUGAUCGCAUGGGGAAGCGGUGUGGCCAAGCCGCAGACAGUUCGCCGUGGCAAAGCUCCCGGCCACGAAGAUGGUUUCUCGAGCGACUGGCGACUAGACCACGUGCGGCGACACGACGUUGCACAGGCAGACGUGGCUGCGCUGAUGGCAUAUCUUGCCGGUCUCGAAUUCCCAGUGAACUCUGUCGGAGAGCUGCCGCUCUCAUUCCUGGACGCAACCGACGAACAGAAGGCGAAAGCAAUAUUAACCAACGCGAAAGAGAUACUGGAAAUGUACCACGUGAAGGAGCGUGAAAAGAUGGCCACGGUCCUCCGCUACAAGCCUUACUCCGGCUUUGCGGAUGCUGAGCAUAGCGUGGAGAAUCGGCUUGCGUCGAUCGAGCAGCUCAUCCGCAAGCGUGACUAUCGGACUGCCAUCAAGCAAUCUGACGAGCUGAUCAAGCUCGGAUUGGCAGGUCUGCGCUAUCUGCAAACCUAUGCAUGGCUAUUCCUCCGAACUCUGGUCACUGCAGGGUAUCUUGGCUGGAUCGCCUUCGCCUUGACCACAGCUGUCGAUGUUCACAUGCUCGACGGCAAAAUCGAUGUGCAGAGAACUCCCGGCCUGAUGAUCACUUUUGCUUCGAUCCUGGUCGGUCUCUAUAGUCUGCUAAUAUUCCAGGACUCGCCAAUCACAUACUACGCUUACGCUCUCUUCCCAGUCAUGUUUUGGGAAGAAGUCUUUGCACGACGACGAGCGCUGAUUGAAGGCAAAAAUCAGUUAUUUGCUCACUUCUCCAAAAGUGAUACAAUUCAACUGGCUGUCAAUGUCGCAGCCUACCUGGCGUUACUUGAAAUCAUGGUACAAAGCUACUAUCAUCGACAGAUUUACACAAUUCUUUACUUGGCGGCCACGGCAUGGCCCUUGUUCUAUGGCACAAAUUUCGUCACGUCUAAUUGGCUUCUAUGCACGACCUGGGCACUUGCCUGUGCAUCCAUGAGCAUUUUCACUCUCCUUCCCGCUAUCAAGGUUGAAAACUCUAACCUCAUCCUGUUUGGAGGCUUUCUGAUCCUUCUUGUUGGCGUCCUGUACCUCGCUUUUGAGAAGACGUUGCUGAGGCAGAGCGCCACAUCGAUAGAGGGACUGCAAGCGGCAGACGGAGACGUUGUAUCUCGCGCGAUUCUCGGAUCGCAGGUAGGGUUGAUUGGACUUGCCAUGCUUGUUACUAGAUCGAGCGUCGCUUCUCUGCAAGCAAAGACGGGACUGCCACUUGGGACGCAGGUUCUCGGAUGGAUAACACUUGUCACGUCUCUCGUCCUACCCUUCGCACAUGCGAUCUGUCCCCGGAACCACUACCUCCAUCGACUUGCGGUCAUCUUCCUCGCAUUCGGGCCACUCUUCAUCAUCCUCACCAUCUCUUACGAAGGGCUCUUCUACUUCGCCAUUGCAGUCACGCUUGUCAGCUGGGUGCGACUUGAACACAGAAUUCACCAACGAGCCGCUAACGGUCACGCCUCCAUCACCAAUGAGCUAGACAAGACACUCGAUGUCACUACGCCUUUGGCACCUGCUGCCGACGCAGCACAACAACGAGAGCUCGCAAUCAAGACUGGAGACUACAGAAGUUUGACUCUGUCAGAUGCUCGAAUCUGUCUCUUCUUCCUUUUCCUACUCCAAUCCGCCUUUUAUUCGACAGGAAACAUCGCAUCAAUCAGUUCUUUCUCCCUCGAUGCCGUCUACAGACUACUCCCAGUCUUCGACCCUUUCUCACAGGGCGCUUUACUCCUCCUCAAAUUGCUAGCGCCUUUUGCUCUGGUUUCUGCAAACCUUGGAAUCUUGACCAAGAGACUAAGACUGCGAGGCGGCAGUCUCUUCGCAGUCGUCAUGGCCAUUGGAGAUUACUUGACGCUGAGAUUCUUCUGGGAAGUGAGGGACGAGGGGAGUUGGUUAGAGAUUGGAGAGAGUAUCAGUAUGUUUGUCAUUGCGAGUGUGCUUUGUGUGUUUGUUGCGGGGCUAGAGGCAUUGAGUGAGGUUUUCGUCAUGGGAGUGGAGUUCAGAGAUGAUGAUGUAUCACCGCCACAACAAGCAGAGGGCGCAAAGGAGAGGAGUGCAAACGGAACGCCUCCUCGCAACGGGAAGCUGCUAGGUCAAAGCACGUAG